GGCGGGGCGGCACGCUCGCGCCCGGGCUCGCCGCGCGCCGCGCCAGAGGCUCGUGCACUCGGCAGGUUGGGCUGCGGCGGCGGCAGCUGUGGGAGCUGAGGCGCUGCGCGUGAGAGGUCCCAGUAGCGUCUGCGGCUCCAGUUCCGCCACCCUCCGCUUCUCUCACCCCAGUUUCGGUGCCGGGUGCGGAGAAGGGAACGGCGCUAGUGUUGGGAACCUCGAGCACACCCCUGGCUGCUUCCGACACCGCCAUCCUUCCUUUCCCAGCCGCGGGCCUCGCUCGGUGCGAGGCGACUCUGCGGGGAGGCGGCGGCGACCGCUGCCAGUCUGUGGGGAGGAGUCCUGCCCUGCAGCCUUACUCCGCAGCCGGGCCCUAAAGGGUCCGAAAGAGCUCGGCGCCGGUCCUUCCUCUCUCCUCUUUCGUCAGCCGGUUGGAGCAGCGUCAGUCCGAGAGGUCUCUGGGCUGAGGCGGCGGCAGCUCCUCCGGCUCCAUCAUGUCCGCGGGCGGAGACUUCGGGAAUCCGCUGAGGAAAUUCAAGCUGGUGUUCCUGGGGGAGCAGAGCGUUGGAAAGACAUCCUUGAUCACCAGAUUCAUGUAUGACAGUUUUGACAACACCUAUCAGGCAACAAUUGGUAUUGACUUUUUAUCAAAAACAAUGUACUUGGAGGAUCGAACAAUCAGGCUGCAGCUGUGGGAUACUGCGGGUCAGGAACGUUUCCGUAGCCUCAUUCCCAGUUACAUCCGUGAUUCUGCUGCAGCCGUAGUAGUUUACGAUAUCACAAAUGUUAACUCAUUCCAGCAAACUACAAAAUGGAUUGAUGAUGUCAGAACAGAACGAGGAAGUGAUGUUAUCAUCAUGCUAGUAGGAAAUAAAACAGAUCUUGCUGACAAGAGGCAAGUAUCAAUUGAGGAAGGAGAAAGGAAAGCCAAAGAGCUGAAUGUUAUGUUUAUUGAAACAAGUGCAAAAGCAGGUUACAAUGUUAAACAGCUCUUCCGACGUGUUGCAGCGGCUUUGCCUGGAAUGGAAAGCACACAGGAUAGAAGCAGAGAAGACAUGAUUGACAUAAAACUGGAAAAGCCUCAGGAGCAACCAGUCAGUGAAGGAGGCUGCUCCUGCUAAUCCCCCGUGGCAUCUUUAACUUUUCUCCAGAAGCUCACUGCUUUGGCCCCCUUACUCUUUCAUUGACUGCAGUGUGAAUAUUGGCUUGAACCUUUUCCCUUCAGUAAUAACGUAUUGCAAUUCAUCAUUGCUGCCUGUCUCGUGGAGAUGAUCUAUUAGCUUCACAAGCACAAAAAAGUUCAGUGUCUUCAUUAUUUAUAUUUUACAAAAAGCCAAAUGAUUACAACAUACUCCAGUGAUAACUUUAAAAAUUAGAUACAUUUUCUCAACUUUUUUUUUCCUUUUCAAUGUUAAUGAUAAUGUACUUCAAAAUGAUGGAAAUUUCAACAGUAUGUGGUUUGGUUAAGGAGCAGUUGUUCAUAGCAGCACUUGCCUACCAACUUGAUCUCUUUCUGCUUUUCUCACCUCUCCCUUACUGUAUUCCCUGUUCUUACUCUCUAUCAAAACAAAUGAGGUAUGACAAAGCAGCAAUCAGACCAAGCCCAUUGGAUCCUUCAAAUUUAGCGAUACCACUUGUUCUAGCCUUGGACCAAGAUGUCCAAAAAUAUUAUUGAGCAGUGAUAUAAAUUACUUAGACUUUAUUUGAGGUCAAAACUCAGCUAUCAUGAGUAGGCAAGUGCUUGGAUAAGACGGGUUCUGUUGCAUCUUCAAAAUGAGUCCUAAUGAAUACACUGAGUACUUAAGUCAAGUGAACGUAAAAUGUGUUUCAGACCAAAACCGAUGACCCUUUCACAUGUUAGUCUCUGGGAGAGAAGGGUAACACUAUUCAGAACAUGUUUUUAAUACUGAAUUCUUCCAGUGAACUAUUUCUCCCAGGAUUUUAAAAAUUGUCAAGAUAAAGUUAUUCUCUUUGUUUAAAAAAA